GGCCUUUGCCCUCUUCUAAAUGGCUAGUUUAAUACAAGUCUAAUUUGCAAAAACAGGUUAAAAAAAAAAAAAUCUCUGAUCUUAUAAUCCUUGUGCUUCUCUCAAUCCACAUGUCCAUGGAGUUUGAGGUGAUGCAUGUAGCUGGAAUACAGGACUGCUUCGUUCGGGAUAUAUUUUCAAAGGCAGCUGCUGCAGCACCGUGUCUCCUCUUUUUUGAUGAAUUUGAUUCCAUUGCCCCUAAAAGAAGGCAUGAUAAUACUGGAGUAACUGAUCGAGUUGUUAAUCAAGUUGUAGACCAGAUCUACUUGAUGCGGCAUUGUUGGGACCAGGGAGGCUUGAUUGGCUUCUCUUUUGUGAUUUUCCAUCUCAAGCAUGAAAGGCUAGAUAUUCUAACAGUUCUCUCUAGGAAGCUACCAUUGGUCGGUGAUGUCGAUUUAGACACCAUAGCAAACAUGACAGAAGGAUUCGGUGGAGCUGAUCUCCAGGCUCUUCUCUCAGGUGCACAACUUGCCGUGGUCCAUAAACAUUUGAACAGAAAAAAUAGCAAUGAGACUGGAAAACUGCUAUUGAUAACUGAUGCUCUGUUGAAGUCCACUGCUUCCAAGGCAAGACCUUCAGUUUCUGAGUCUGAGAAACAGAGACUCUAUGGCAUCUAUAGCCAGUUUUUGGAUUCAAAGAGAUUCGUUGCUGCGCGGACACUUUUUCUGCUUAGUUGUUUGUCUUUGAUGAAAUUGAAAUGGAACUCUUUUUUGAAAGCAGUAGACCAGAUCUACUUGAUGCGGCAUUGUUGGGACCAGGGAGGCUUGAUUGGCUUCUCUUUUGUGAUUUUCCAUCUCAAGCAUGAAAGGCUAGAUAUUCUAACAGUUCUCUCUAGGAAGCUACCAUUGGUCGGUGAUGUCGAUUUAGACACCAUAGCAAACAUGACAGAAGGAUUCGGUGGAGCUGAUCUCCAGGCUCUUCUCUCAGGUGCACAACUUACCGUGGUCCAUGAACAUUUGAACAGAAAAAAUAGCAAUGAGACUGGAAAACUGCUAUUGAUAACUGAUGCUCUGUUGAAGUCCACUGCUUCCAAGGCAAGACCUUCAGUUUCUGAGUCUGAGAAACAGAGACUCUAUGGCAUCUAUAGCCAGUUUUUGGAUUCAAAGAGAUUCGUUGCUGCGCGGGAUGCAAAAGGCAAGCAGGCAACUCUGGCAUGAUCUGGAAUUAACCCAAUUUGUACAAUACAAAAAGCUACUCUAUUUUUCUUCUUUUUAAAAAUUCAUAUUGGUUAUCUAUUCCAGGAAAUUAUACAAGUAAAAAUAUGGAUAAAAUCUUCAUAUUAUAUGAAAUAAAUUUCAUCUGAAGAU